AGAGAACUAUUGGCCACAGACUGAACCAAUGGCUGAUAAUCAGCAUGUCUCUUUCUCUCUCUCACACACACACGAGAUCUUCUUUCUCAUUACUCCUGAGCACAGAGUGGAUGUUGAGAUGAGAGUGACCUUUGCAAUUAGAGGAGUUGGUAGUUGCACGUUUGCAGUAGUUUGCACUGAAGUGGAGUGUUUGAUCACCAGCUCCCUCUUCAUGCAAUUUCAUCCUGCAUAGACUGCAUCGUUAACUCCGAUCUCUUCUCUCCCAAAGCAUCCUGACACCUUUCACCACAAUGGAGCUGGAGGGCCAGUGGUGGAAAGGCCAGCUUGCUGGAGAUAUUUACCAUGCUCUACGCUACAAGGAGCUGAGGUUGCCUGUAUACAAAGGUCAGUCUCCGCAGCUGAACCUUAGGCGCUACUUUGCAGACCUCAUAGCCAUAGUGAGCAACCGGUUCAGGCUGUGUCCAGCAGCUAGACACCUGGCCGUGUACCUGCUGGACCUCUUCAUGGACCGAUAUGACAUCUCUGUGCAGCAGCUCCACAUGGUGGCUCUUUCCUGCCUACUUUUGGCCAGUAAAUUUGAAGAGAGAGAAGACAGAGUGCCGAAGCUAGAAACUCUCAACAGCCUUGCUUGUAUGAGCUCCAUGAACCUGGUGUUGACCAAACAGGGCCUGUUGCACAUGGAGCUGCUGCUCCUAGAGAACUUCCACUGGAACCUUUAUUUACCCACAGCUGCCCACUUCAUCGAGUAUUACUUGUCGAUUGCAGUCAGUGAAACAGAUCAACUUGAUGGCUGGCCAAUGGCAUGCUUAGAGAAGACAUCGUUGUAUAUGAACAAAUAUGCAGAUUACUUCCUCGAAGUCUCUUUGCAAGACCAUGCAUUUCUGCGAUUUGUGCCAUCAUUGGUAGCUGCUGCCUGUGUGGCUUCAUCUCGGGUAAUCCUGCGUUUGGCUCCGACCUGGCCGCCUCGUCUGCAGCGCCUGUCCGCCUACGCCUGGGAGCAGCUACUGCCCUGUGUGGAGAGACUGCUUCUUGCCCAUGAUAGUGAUGUGAAGGAAGCCAACAAGCAAAAAGGUCAGCUACAACAGCCUGGUCCACAGUCAGGACAGGCCACGUAUCCAGCGCAAAGCCAGAGUACCACAGUAGCCCAGUACGUCCAAAGGCCAACCUUGCAAUACACCCAGCAGAGCUGCCAACCUCUGCUGGUCUCAGGUCACACCUCAAAUACGUACCUGUGCCACAAUGGUUCACUGCAGACGUCUAGUGGCCCAUCACAUGGACAAGCACAGCCACAGACUAUCUCUGUACCAGUGGAUACUACAAUUAAGAUGCCGAGCAUGUCCUACCACAUGAACUCUGUUUACACGUGCACAGCACCGUGCUUUAACAGGUGAUGGCAGCUGAAUGUUGGCUACGCUCUUAGUGGUUACUUAAUGAAGGGAAUGCCGACCAUUGAAGUGCAAGCUGGAUAAUUUAAACUCCUGAUUCCUGUUUUAAUUUUAAAAAAGCAUUGAAGUGAUGGGCAUUGUGUUAAGUAAUGUAAUAGCUGGACAAUGAGGCACAAAGUGAGCAAGUAGUGCUAUCCCGUGAGACUUGCUUCUUUCCUUCAAAUUCCUUCUAUGUGAAGUUUGUUUUCAUUUCCUUGUGUUUUUGUUUUUUUGGGGGUUUUUUUUGCACUGAGAACAGUAUUUUUUUAUAUUCUUUCUACUUGAAUAGAAAAAUAUGGUGUGAUUUUUAUCAACACCUGCGAAUCUAUGCCACUGAUAGCCAGAUUACCUCGAAUGUUGAAUGUAGGCUGUUACCCUGUGAUGUUGCAAAUGCACUUUGGUACCAAACAUAUUUUUAAAUAAAUAAAAAAUAUGUGUACUGUAGCUGUACAACAUAUUUUCUGUUGCAUACGG